AUGGGUAAAGGAGGCGGUUGUGGUGCAAGCAAGGCGGUGCGGGUGCCAAGUGACAUUGCACAGCCCGUGGCACAGGAGGAGGACGAUGAGGCGUUCUGGCACUUGUACGUCAGUUGGACUAACGAGGACGAGCAGAGCCCUGGAAGGAUCAUCGCGCCUCCCCCAGGCGUUACAUCUCCAGCAUACACAACGGGUGCCGUACGUUUGUCGUACCUGCUGGAUUUUGUCGCCACGCAGCUACCCCGGGGCGAUCCCAACAUGCCAACUUGGAGCGUCGCGCUCAAUCUCGUACAGCCCGCAACCUCCGAAACGAACUUGCCUUACGCGUCCCUGCCGGAAAUGGCGCCUCACGUACUCCCGUACGGUACGACAACGCCGUACUAUUUCGUCAGUCACGCUUGGAGCCGGCCGCUGCGGGAGGCAGCGGAUAUGUUGGCUCAUCACUUCCGGGGGAGAGACCCCCGGGAGGUGUACGUCUGGCUAGAUGUGUUUGCCAUACGGCAGCAGACCUUUACUGCCGUACCUAAACCGCCGGAUAUGGCGGCGCUGGAGGCGGCGCUCCGGAACUCGAGCGGCGUACUGCUCUGCCUGGAUGAGGCUGGCGUGGCGCUACGGCGCACGUGGUGUUUGUACGAAGCAUGGGUGGGCGCUACUGCCCCGGCGGGGGGGGCAGUAGCAACAGCAGCCGCAGCGCCAGCAGCAACAGGAGCUGAAGCAGCAGGGGCGGCAGUAGCAGGAGCUCAUGAGGCGACGGGGGGGCCUUUGGAUGCUGCUAAGGGAACAGGGUCCAGGCCGAGCUCGUCGGCGCCAGGGGGAGCUGCCGGUGACGGCAGCGGCUGCGGGAGCGGUACGGCAGCAGCGGUGGCGUCGGCGGCCGGGGCGCCGCCGCCGAUGGGCGUUACGGCGCUGACUCCUCGUGCGAUGACGCCGGAGGAGCGAGCCCGACUGUUCAGCAAAAUCGAUGUACGGCAGUCGCGCUGCAAGUAUAAGGCGGAUCGCGAUUCGCUGCUGGCGGCUGCUCGCACUGCCGCUGGGCAGGGAGGUCUGGACACCGUGAACGCCACCUUGCGUUUGGCGUUGAUGCUGAAGCCCCUGGUGGCAGAUGUGCACCACGAUCUCAAUCUGGGUCGCGUGGUUGAGGUUCAGGAGCUGUGGGAUAUGAGCCAGGUGGACAGCUGGUUGGCUCUGCCGGAGAGCAGCAAACACUUUUCGGCACUGGCGUUGUACGGCCCCGCGUGCAGCGGCAAGACCGUGGCCGCCGCCGCCGUGGUGCACCACCUGAGAACCCGGGGAGUGCCGCUGGCUGCUCACUUUUGUAACGUAUCAGACGUCAGGACGCUGGAUCCCGUGGCUUUAGUCGUGUCGCUAGCGCUACAGCUGGCGAACGCGCCCGGCAUAGGGCCCCGCCUGCUACAGCAGUACGGCGAGCUGCCGGCCGGGCUUCUUGCGGACCUGGUGUCGUACAACAACACUGCAACGGCGCUGGAAACGGCUUUUGAAGCGUUGCUCGUACAGCCGCUGCAGCGGCUCGAACAACCGGAGGACGACAGCGGCUGCGCCGACGGGGCCUCUGCCGGCGGCACCGGCGGCCGCGUGUGGCAGGACAAUGGGGAUUUGGGGGCGCUCGGCGGCGGCUGCGAUGAAGAGUUGGACGACGCGGCGGCGGCGGCGGCAGCGGGUGGUGCUGGUGGCGGCGGACGGGGUCUCCAAGGCCUGGGAGCCAAGUCCGUGCGAGCGCCGCCCAAGUGGCAAGGACCCCCCAAGGUGACGCUGUUGAUCAUUGACGGAGUGGACCAGGCGGACGGGGCGGUGAUGGGGGGAUCAGCGCCUUUCGAUAACCAGGUGCUUCAACUCAUUGAGGAUCACCUCCCCAAGCUGCCAUCGUUUGUACGGCUCAUCGUGACGAGCAGGUCUCUGUCGUACAUUGUACCGCGCCUAACCGACCGGCUGUCGCCCCUGGAGUUGACGCCAGAGGCGCUGCGCCCCAUAGGGCCCUUCAUGCGCAAUGUACGGCUGGCCAUUGCUUCGAUCGAUUCCACACUCAGCCGCCGCCACCGAGCGUCGGUAGCGUCGAAGCUCGUCGGACGGUCCCAUGGGUCGCUGCUGUACCUAAAAAUUGCGUUGUGUUGUCUAGAAUUGGAACGUGACGUGGCGGCAGCGGAGGCGGAGGCGGAUCUCAUGGCAGCGGCGAUAGUUUCGUUCAGCGACCGCGGUGGCGGCGGUACGGCAGGGGAGGAACUUGUACGGACGCUGAGUCGGUUGGCAUCGACCAAGAAGCAGUCCAUCUUGCACCAGUUUCCGUCCAGCCUGGGUGGGCUGUUGGAGCGUUACCUAACAGUAAGGGGCCUGCUGCCGGAGCUGGUGGCGCGUGGCCUUGGAGCGCUUGUACGGGUUCGCGGGCCCCCGGGCCACGUGGCCCAGGAGGUGUUGCUCGUACACUCGGCGGUUUCGGAGUGGCUGCAGCAACCCAAGCCCCGGGUCCUCCUCGGAGGGUCAGUGAUUGUGGAUCUCGCCGCGGGUCAUCGAGCCCUGGCGAGCCACUGCCGCGACGAUGCGCUAGGCUGCCUCCACCGCGGCCGCCGGCCGCCGUACGGCUACAGCGUCCGACACAUUUUCCUGCACGUCGGCCUGGCAGCCAUGGCGGCUAACGCCGCCGAGGCGGCAGCGGCGGCGGCUGGCGCUGGCGGCGGUGGUGGUGGUGGGGGCGGCGGCGGCGGUAGCCCCGUCUCCCCUCCUCCCGUCUCGCCCUCCUCUGUUGCCACAACCGCCCGGUCCUCCGGCUGGCAGAAUCGCAGCCGGAGUGGUACGUCGUACAGUAGCUCCGCCGCGGUGGCGUUGGCGGCGGCUCUGGCGGCGGCGGCGGCCGCCGCCGACUGGAUCGCCACCCUGGAGCUGUUGUUGCAGCGUCUGGAUCUUUGGACGAGCAUCUACACCGCCGGCGCCGGCGGGGCCGCUAGGUGGGUAGUUUUGGCGCUGGCGUCACUGCCAAUAUGCUCAAUCCCCGCCGCUGACCCCGGGUCUACGGACUCGCCACUGCUUAUGCUUUUGGCGGAGGCUCGGCGGUGGCUGUUGCUGUACCACAGUCAGUUAUGUUGGUUUCCGUUGGCGGUUGUAUCAUCUGCGGCAACGCUGCCGGAGGAUUCAGCACUGCGCAGCCGGGCGCUCGAGUUCUCAGCGGGUCCGGAUCCCUUUGAGUAUUACGAGCCAGAGGUGACCACCAUCACUGUCACACCCGUUGGGGCUCACAACAGAGGGACAGCUGACGGCGGCGGAGGCGCUGGCGGAGGAAAGGCGGCCGCGGCAGGGGCUGUGACGCCUCCGCUGCCGGCGACUCCAGAGCUGCCUGGCGGCGCCUCCGCCGCCUCCGCCUCCUCCUCUGUCCUGAAGGACCCUCUUGAGACUGAGCACCUGUUGCUUUUGAGCACGGGUGAUGUGUGGUCGGCGUGUUUGCAGACUCUAAGAACCAACGUGGGAAAGGUGGUGGGGGUGGCCAUGCAGCCGGCGGGGAGGCUGGUCGCGAUGGUGCACGACGACCAGCGGGGCAUCUCCCUGUGGGACGUGUGGGGCGCCAGACAACUGCUCACGUUUGCCAAGUCCACAGAAAUGGGCCCCAACCCCACCGCCGCUUUCUUCACUCCGGAUGGACGCAAGCUCGUUUGCGCGGGACGCGCUGUGUUUGUGUGGGAGAUCGCCACGGGUCGCUUGUUGUGGGAGCUGUGCAAGGUGCCGCCCAGGAAGGGCGGCUCGGGGCCUCGCGGGGGGCUGCUGGGGGGGCCAGGGGGGGCGGGAGCUGGGGGCGGCGCUGCCGCGGCGGCAGAAGUUGGCGACCUGGACGGUCCCGUCACUGCGCUGGCUAUAUCACCCGGCGGCGGCCGUGUGGCGGCAGGGCACGUCAACGGCACCAUCCGCAUCUGGGACAUCUCCUCUGGCAAGCUGCUGUGCGCCAUCGCCGUACAGCACCGCCGUACGGUUACGGCAAUGGGUUUUUCCCUUCCACAUGGGCGGGAGUUGCUGACGGCGCACGGGGAAGGGGGGGAUGCAGCCCCCAAGGCCCUGGCACCGAUUGGGGCGGAGGAGUUGGAGGACGUGCCCACGGCGCUGAUCAAGGCUGACGAGCUGCCCAUCCACGUCUGGAGACUUCAGGGGAAUUCGUACAAGGAGCUCGAGAUCCUCAAGGGCCACACUGGCCGUGUCAACACACUGACCUUCUCCACGGGGGAGCGGAACGUGAUGGUCACAGGCUCGGCGGACGAGACGAUUCGUAGCUGGUGCAAUGAUUCCAAAACGUCUCACUCAGACUACCGACAGAUGUUCAUCCUCGGCGGGGCUGGACAAGGUGUCGUACACACCAUCCAAUUUAGUCCCUUGCCGCUGCCGUCCUCAAUGCCGCCGCCGCCACGGCCGCCGCCGCCGCUACCUCGUCCGAAGACCCCCAACGGCAGCGGCGCUGACGUCGACGCCGAGACGCCAGUCGUCGAUUUCACGGCGCCCUCCGUCACCAGCCUCGCAACCGCUGCUUUUGGUACGAACGCGCUGUCGGCACCGUCGCGCGAUGGUGGCGGCGGCGGCGGCGUUGCCACACCGGACACACCCGCUAGCGCGCGUGGCAGCGCCGCCGGCACAUUCCCAGCAACGGCCUUCAGAGGCGAUCGUGACAAUAACCACCAUAACCAUAACCACCACCAUGUGCUAUUUGGCGGUGGAAACGGCCGCAGCAGUGCCGGCGGCGACGAUGAUGAGUCAGUGGAGGAUGUUCAUGGCGAUGUGCCCGUGAUGGCGUACUCGUGUGGCAAGGGUAUUGUACGGCUAUGGUCGCCGCUGAAGAAGCGGCAGGUGGGCUUGCUACGCGGCCUGGAGGGCCCUGUGAACAGCCUCAGCUUCAGUGGAGACGGCAGAUUGCUGGCAUCUGCAGAUCAAUCAGACCCCGGUGUGGUCCGUAUCUGGGAUGUUGGCGGCGCCUCCGUGACCCGGCCCCUGGACUGCUCCCCUUCCUCCGGUGCGGGGGGCUUGCCUCUUCGGCAGGGGGUGGAGCUCCUCGCGCUGUCACCGGACGGAAGCAGGCUGGCGGCCGUGUGCGCCGACGUGUCCAAGGAGAGCGUGCGGGUUAUUGACGUAUUCACGGGGCGCCGUCUCGCGGUGAUGGGUCCCCAGGGUGCGGGGGGCCACGAGGGGAAGAUCAAUUCGGUGGCGUGGAGCUGGGACAGCAGCAGGCUGGCCACCGGUUCUGACGAUCUGACGGUUAGAGUGUGGUACGUGGGCAAGCCGACAGCGGCCCCCAGCGACCCGCUCGCCGCUGCAGCGGCCAUCGUGGCAAAUGCGACGGCGGCGGCCCGUCCGGUGACGCCGCCACCACUGACACCGCCACCACCGAACAACAACUGGCAUCUAUCCAGAGAUGACGAUAUGAGCGCGAGUCGCCACCUCAUUCGCCCGCCCCCAAGUCCUAAUGAGGGGUCGACAAGUGUGGUGGCUAGGGCCAGGACGGCUGACGGCGCCGCCGCUGCGACGGCGGCGGCGGCGGUGGCGGCGGCUGACGACCCGUCGGCGGCUUUUCCUUCGGGACCUCUUCGCCCUGGGCACUGUCAGCUCGUGCUGGAGGGACACCACCGCAAAGUACAAUGUGUAACAUGGGCGCACAACGGCAAAAAACUUGCGUCAGGAGGAUAUGACCAAAUGAUUCGCAUCUGGGACAGCGCCACCGGGGAGCAACUUAACCUCAUUUACCAGGCGAGAAAAAAGGCUUUUCUUUGUCUGUCUGUCUGCCUAAUGAAUAAAUGUAUAUUUGUUGGGAGUGGUAGAGUGGUCUCCUGGGUUUCAGCUCUGGCCUUUUCCCCGGACGAUGCGCGCUUGGCAUCGGGUGCAGGCGGCAGUGCCGUAUACAUUUUCAACUCCAGUACCGGAAAAAAUUUGGCGGGAUAUUCUGGACAGCUGCCUGGGGGCGGCGGUGCAGGAGGCGGUGGAGGAGGCGGCGCAGGAGGCGGUGCAGGAGGGGCCGGAAACGAGGCGACGGCAUCAGGUUCCGGAGCGGCCGGGCCCGGGAAGUCGGCGCCUGCGGAGGGUGGUGGCGGUGGUGGUGAUGAGAGCUGGAUGACGGCCCUGAGGUUUAAUCCCGACGGCACGAUUUUGGUUUCUCGCGACUUGCACUCCCGCGUCACGCUAUGGGAUGUGAGUGGACCGGCCCGCUUGAAACCGCUAAGGGCGCUGGAGGGAGCCUUCAGGGAUGCGAUUUUCUGCCCCAAAUCAGGAGACUUGCAGCUGUACGACCUUACAGCUACUGGCGCGCUGGUGGUAUCCGCCAUCCCCUCCGGCUCGCUGCCCCUGGGCCGCGUCGUCCCUCGCGCCGUGGCUCUGAGUCACCCGCUGUUGCAGUUCCGCGGCGUGGCGGUGGACAGUGCGGUCAACCACAAUGCGGUGGUGCUGCUGACGGCGGACAACAGCACGUCACAGCACAUCACAGCACAUCAUGAUGCCGCCAAAUUUCCUGACAGGGCGUUCUUCUUCGUAAACGGCGAGCACCUGGCAGCUGUACGGCAAGAGGCUAGUCGUACCGGACGUGCGGCCAGUGCUGCAAGCAGCAGCGACAACGUUGGCAUUAACCAAGGCGGUGGCUGGGCGAUGGCGGCCUUUGGCAGCGGCGGGGAGUCGCCGGCGGGGGUGUUUAGGAUGACAGGACGUUGCCUGUUUGGCGGAUGGGUGGAGCACGGGAAUGGUGAUCGGUGA